UCAAAAAGGCCCAAACCGAAGACUUCUUACAACUAUUUCUUCUUCUUCUCUCAAGAAAGAAACAGGAAACUACUCAUACAAAUUCUCAGAAAACCAAAAUCUAUCAACAAAAUUUGCAUUUUCAGGAUACGUGGGUGAACUGCUAAUGGGAGAACACUUGGCUCUGUGUGUUGAUCGUCUUAUCACACCUGAAUCUUUGCACACUAUGCAAGGGUCAGAGAAUGCAGGAACCUCUGGGGGGAAUUCUUGCUCUCACCCAGCAGAUCAAUCUUCCUAUGGCACUGCUAAUAAGGAGGAUGAAGAGCCAGAAGCUGGGGGUGAAGAUGAGCCAUUACUUCAGACUGUGGAAUGCCGAAUUUGCCAGGAAGAAGAUAGCCCGAAGAAUUUGGAGAUUCCUUGUAGCUGCAAUGGCAGCUUAAAGUAUGCUCAUAGGAAAUGCGUUCAGCGGUGGUGCAAUGAGAAGGGUGAUAUAAUUUGCGAGAUUUGCCAUCAGCCUUACCAACCUGGCUAUACUGCUCCUCCACCGCCUUCUCUCUCCGAAGAUAUUGCCAUUGACAUGAGUGGGGGCUGGACAGUAGCUGGUACUCAGCUCAACUUACAUGAUCCUCGGCUUCUUGCAAUGGCAGCUGCAGAACGCCAUCUCUUGGAGGCUGACUAUGAUGAAUAUGCUGAUUCAAGUGCUAGUGGAGCUGCAUUUUGCCGUUCUGCUGCUUUAAUUUUAAUGGCCCUUUUAUUAUUGAGGCAUGCUGUGACCAUCGGAAAUGGUGAUGGGGAUGAUGAUGAUGUUUCUGCCUUUUUCUCGCUUUUCUUACUCCGUGCUGCUGGUUUUCUUCUACCUUGCUACAUCAUGGCUUGGGCUAUCAGUAUCAUGCAGCGUCGAAGGCAAAGACAGGAGGCAGCAGCACUAGCGGCAGCAGAAGUUGCUUUCAUGCUGCAAGCAGGGCAACAUAGGGGCUUGCAUGUAACAAUAGCACCAGGACCUGCACAGGCAGCAGAACCUUCAGCAAACCCAACUACCCAUGUUGCAACACCAACUGGCCAGGUCACAGCUCCUCCUCCGGAGCUAGUAUAAAUGGCUUUGCUCAGCUGGCAUGUUAAAACGUUGUUGCUGAUAAUGGCACCGUACUUUGUAAGUUGCACAAGCUAAGAGAAUAGAGGUUCUUUUUUUCCUUUCGAUGUAUUAGUUGUAUAUCUUAGCCCUGGAGUGAUGCAGAGGCUGAAAUUGUUCCCUUUUGUUCAAUAUUUACAUUAAUGCUUGAACAUGUAAAAAAACCAUAGCAGCCAACUUAUCUGCUUUGAAUUUGAAGAUACCAUAUCUUCACAUCAUGUACAUUGUUUAUUCUUAUCGAUAUGGUUUACUGCUCCAUCCCA